AUGGAGGCCAGUGUCCGCGUGCCCCCAAGUGCGAGGAUCGGCCCGCUCCCGGCGUACGGGCUUCGAGGACAGGCCCAGGCACUACUUUGUGAACGAAAACAACAGGGAGGUGGACACGAGGCCAUCUGCCACACGUAUAGUUCCGCAUCUAUGCAACAACAGCCGCACAAUGACGAAAGACUCCCAAUCGCAGUCGCCGUCGCCCCUCCAAGACGCGGGCGGGAACAUGGUGUUAUUCCCGGCAUGAAGAGAGCAGCACGUGGGAUUAGCCCCGCGCCUUUCUCGAGGGACGACAAGGGUUGA